AGAACUAAAAAUAUGGUACAAAUAAUGCCACAAAACAAUUAUUUUAUGGAUACACCGAGUCCAAGGGAUAGCAGUACGACCAGUGACAAUGAUGAGAAUGAAACGACCGGCAAUGUGAGCUUCUACACUUGUAUGGUAUGCAUGCGCUCAGCUCGUAAGCCCAGAGUGAGCUUCUGUGGUCACCUUUUCUGCACCAAGUGCAUUCGCAACUGGAUGAAGAUGAAGGGAUCGAGGGCCAAGUGUCCAUAUUGCCAAUCUCGGGUCGGCGAGAAUACACUCGUAACCGUUCGAUAUGGAAGGGCCUUUUUUAGUCGUACAUGCCGACCUCUUAGGCAUCAUCGUCGUCGUCUCAAUAAUAAUACUAAUUAUAUCAGGGAAUGGGCCAUUUUGCCCGAGGCGGCGAUGUUUCAACGCGGCUAUAUUGACUAUUCACCGGAACCGAUGCCUAGGAUCAGACCAUUGCCGCCGCAGAUGCUAUACCAGUUGCCAUGUCCACCAAUGCGUCGUAGAUAUAUGCCUCACACGUUCCACCAACGAGGCAUUACCUUCAUCAUUAUGGUGUUCCUGUUCGUUGCGUAUCUGAAUACCGCAUCACCGCCUCCUUUUUAGAGUCUGCAGCAGCAGCCAUUAAAAAUUCUAAGUCCACUAAUUCUGACUGCAAUGUUUGAAUUGAGAUUUUUGAGAGCCGCCAAUUCGAUAUUUGGGUGUGUCAGAUGAUUAGACCUGCCCUGGAAUAUUAUACCGACCUUUAUCAUUGUGCUGUUCUUUUCGUAUGUAAAUACCGCUUCACCGCCACCUGCUUUAGAGCCCGCUGCUGUAGCCAUUAAAAAUUCAAAGUCCAGUGAUGUUGAUUCCAAUGUUGGAAUGGGGACUUUUAAAAGCUGUCAACUCGAGAUUUUUAGUUUAAUUAAUCUUCAAUAAGGCGGGCCAGAUGUUAAGACCUGCCUUGGAAUCUUGUACUUUGUCAUAAUUUAUAAUUCUAUAAACGAUAUUAUU